UCAGCUGACCGCGUGCUUCCUCGUGCUCUCGUAUUAUACGAAAUCGUUUUCGAAAAUCGUACGGUCCACUGAAUCAAUUUGAAAUCUAUAAAAACGAGUGUCUCGAUGGCGGGAAACAGUGAAUACAGUGAUUACCGCAGUCCUUUGGCGACUAGAUACGCGUCGAAGGAAAUGCGAUACAACUUCAGUGACCAACACAAGUUUAGCACGUGGCGGAAAUUGUGGGUAUACUUGGCCAAGGCAGAAAUGGAACUCGGAUUGUCAAUUAGUCCUGAACAAAUUACUGAAAUGGAGUCUCACGUUGACGACAUUGACUUUGUGACCGCCGCGGAGGUGGAGAAAGCAACGAGACACGAUGUUAUGGCUCACGUUCACGUUUUCGGAAAGCAAUGUCCGAAAGCUGCUCCUAUAAUUCAUUUGGGUGCAACCAGUUGCUACGUUGGAGAUAACACGGAUCUGAUUAUUCUACGCGAUGGAUUUGACAUACUACUGCCAAAGCUAGCGAACGUUUUGUCACGUCUCGCGAAAUUCGCUAUGGAAUAUCGUGAUUUACCGACACUGGGAUUCACUCAUCUUCAACCAGCCCAACUCACGACUGUUGGCAAGCGAGCGUCUCUUUGGCUCUAUGAACUUUUGAUGGACGAACGAGCCCUUCGACGUGCUAGAGACGAUCUCCAAUGUCGCGGAGUAAAAGGAACGACUGGGACUCAGGCCUCUUUCCUUCAAUUAUUUAAUGGUGACGGAGAAAAAGUGAAGCAGCUGGAUAAAUUGGUAACCAAAAUGGCCGGCUUCGAGAAGCAUUACCCAGUAACUGGGCAGACUUACAGUAGAAAAGUCGAUGUAGAAUGCUUGAAUGCUCUUAGCUCUUUGGGAUCGACUGUUCAUAAAAUAUGUACCGACAUCAGGUUGCUGGCGAACAUGAAAGAAAUCGAAGAGCCGUUCGAGACCACGCAAAUAGGGUCCAGCGCUAUGCCGUACAAGAGGAACCCGAUGCGCUCCGAGAGGUGCUGCAGUAUAGCCCGUCAUUUAAUGACAUUGGUGAACAACGGGUUGCAAACCGCGGCGACGCAAUGGAUGGAAAGGUCGCUGGACGAUUCGGCGAAUCGAAGAAUCACAUUGUCGGAGGCGUUCUUAUCGGCAGAUGUGAUUCUAAUGACCCUUCAGAAUAUCACAGAGGGCCUGGUUGUUUAUCCCAAGGUUAUCGAGAGGCACGUGGUCCAAGAAUUACCUUUCAUGACCGCCGAGAAUAUGAUUAUGGCAAUGGUGAAGGCUGGCGGCGACAGGCAGGUGUGUCACGAGAAAAUACGCGUAUUGUCUCAAGAAGCCGGUGCCCAGGUGAAGCAGCACGGCCGAGACAACGAUCUGGUCGAGAGGAUCAAAAUGGAUCCUUACUUCACUCCGAUCCUCGAUCAACUGGACAAUCUUCUCGAUCCUUCGACCUUCGUUGGUCGAGCACCAGAACAGGUCUUGGAAUUUUUGACGGAAGAAGUGAAUCCGAUCCUCGAUAAUUACAAGGAAAAAUUGGGUGGUCGCGUCGAGCUGAGCAUUUGAUCGAACAUUCCGACAACGUUGUCAAACAACAAGCUUUCCCAAUCGGAAAUCCAGGGAGGAUAUUUUUUAUAAAAAAAUUGUGAUAUACCGGUUUUGAUGUUUCUAUUGAAGCUUCAUAGUUUUUAAUCAAGUAAAAACAUGUAAUGUAAUUCGUACAAGAUUAUUAUAAACAGCAUUAAAACCAAAGAAAAAUCGAGUAAACGAGGGAAAUUGUAAAACGCAUUGUUCGCAGCCACGUGCACGCUCCUUCCACGCUUAAACAUUUAUUACUUAUUUUUAUUUUACGUUGUUGCCUUUAUUUCGAUCUACUUCUCGACAACGUAACUGCUGUGAUAGCGGGCGCAGAACAGAGAACAGAGUGGACAGACAUGGCGGAAACGCGGCGGUCGUUUGGGAGAAAUUAAUUUCGAUAUUUACAUGUAGACACGAAAUCUCAGAGAGGAAGAGACAGACAAGUAUAGCAA